CUUGUUUGUGGUCCAUCUCCUAACAACUUUGUUAUAGCUUGAGUCUUCAUAAAAUCAGCUCUAAACAAUGAAGCUCCUCGACCUUCCGGUAGAGAUAUUUCACAAUAUCCUCUUCUUCGCCGUUCUCUCACGUGGACUUGUCCGAGCACUUAGGCUGAAGCUCGUUUGCCGACAAUUCUACCAUGCUAUUGGUCCCGUGCUAUUCCGGACACAGCUUCCGGUUCACGUUCUGCGGUCUUCUCAUAGUGUCGCUAUUUGGCGUACUUGCAACAGACAUGGCGCUGAGAAAUUUUGGCAUGACUAUGUUUCGUAUCGGGUUCGAUGUGAAACCGAUCCUAAUGUUGGAAGAUGCUUCGAGAUGCGCCGAGUAGUAGAGGAAUACUGUGUCCGUACAGGAGGAGACUUCGACUCUACUCUUGAUUCUCUCUGUUGGGCCGUCUUCGAUCGUGUCUUUGCGAUUGAUGAACCCGACAGUCCCGACCUCUCCAACUCCUUCAAUGAACCCGACCCUCUCGACUCCUUGGAUGAACCCGGCCUCCCCGACUCUGCCAAUGAACCUGACCUCUCCAACUCCUCCGAUGAACCCGACCUCCCCGACUCCGCCAAUGAACCUGACCUCUCCUCCUCCGAUGAUGAACCCGACUCCUACUCCUACUCCUCCGACUCCUCCGAUGAAAUCAAACCUGAAUACCAGAAUGAAUCUCCGAAUAUAGACUAUGACAUCCUCAGCGCCGCAGCCCACCUUGGCGAUCUGAAAGUAGCGGAACAACUGAUAAACGAAGGCCUCUGUCCUUUGAUACGUACUGCUCUAUUCAAAGAACCUGUCUUCUACGCCGCGUUUGCUGGUCACCCCGAGAUGUUGAAGCUUUUCCAUAAACACACAUUCACAUGCAGAUCUACAAGAUCUUAUGGUUUUUUUAACUUAGCUAUUGAGGGUGCGAAUGAACGCGGGGAUAUGGGUAUAAUCCGGCUACUCGUUUCGCUAUACGGACAGACGGUACCUGAUCGACUAUCUGGACCUGGAAGAUAUAUCAAUUUUUGGUCCUUUCCCAUGCAUGACCAUGCCGACCUUUUUAAGCUUGAAGGUUAUUUUAUAAGACAGCAUAAGAGUAAUCUAUUGGAAAAUGCCAAAUUAGGCAAUCUAAACGCUGUUCGAGAUAUACUACAUCUGAGCCGAUAUAGUGGGGACCAAGACAUUUGGCGCCAACGCCGGUCGCCAGUGCCUUGGAACGAAUAUUAUUUUCAUUCGACGUCAGCCAUUGACAAAGAUAGAGCUUACAUCGGACCGUUGAUGGAAGCAGUCAGUAGGGGUCAUGAGAAGAUAGUUGAAUUACUCUUAGACCAUGGCAUUGACCCUAACUUCUACACAAAGCAUGAUACAUACCGAGACUUUCGUAGCCCUGAAUACAAGUCGCCCCUUGUCGUUGCAGCCGCACGUGGGAGUUUUGCCAUUAUGCGUAAGCUCCUUGACUACGAUGCAGAUAUCACGAAAUUCUACUACAGGAUUGCUGGGCUUACCCUACUACAGGAGCACACGGCUAUGCUUAAAUUCGUACUGAAAAAGGGGGGGUACAGUAAGCAGCUGAAAGCUAGAUUAAAGGGACUCGCACUGAAGGAAGGGUUAGAAUCGAUGGCUGAAGUUGCGGAGCAGAUUGAGAGUGAUAGCAGUUUGGAUGACUAUUCAGAUGAUGAUCGCGCAGGAGGAUUCUGGGAAAUACUUCCGUGAGCAAGGCCCAAGUCUCUUUAGAAAAUCCAUCGUGUAGAUCAAGCAACUACUAGCAGAGGAAAUAC